AUGCAUUUUCGGACCAUCAAUGUUUGGCAACUAAAAAAUAUUGGUGAUUCAAUUUUAGUUAAACGUAUUGGACGACGACCGAUCAUUUUAGGUGCCUUUCAUCGACUCAAAAAAGAACAGAAUGUUGCCGGUGAUUUUGUGGUAUUUCAAUUUUUGGGAGAUAUUCGGAAGCCACAUAGUUUGUACUGCUACUCAACGGACUUAAAUGGUAAACAGUCGAUUACAAGGGCUCAUGUUCAACGGAUUCAUGAAGGAAAAAGGGCAGCAAACGACAUAUGUACAUGGGCUGGACAUCUUGCUGAAUGUGAGGUUGCUCGAGAAAUGAUAAGCACGAGACCGGAUGAUCCCAACCCAACAACAGUUAGUAUUGAACAACCCCAUGUUGAGCAGGAACAUCGCCUUGUAGUUUGUAUUGCACCAUUGUAUACGUAUACCGGAUGGCAAACUUUGUUACUGGGCAUCGAAGGAUGGCUUGCUCUUGGAGCGACAAAAAUUAUCAUCCCUGUGCAGACAGCUUCUGCAGAUGUCAUGCGCCUUUUGCAAGCCUAUGAAAAAUUAGGUAUUGUUGUCAUUCGCCCUUGGCCAAUCUGGCCAGUGCUGUCAGAUGUUAAUCCAAAUGGUGUUGUGUUAUCACGAGGUAUUGAAGAGUCUCACGUUAAUUGUUUACACUAUGUUAAACCAUUCGCAAGACUGGUUGUUUUCACGGACCUUGACGAUAUGCUUAUGCCUAAAGAUCUUAGUCAAAUCCAUCCGACGUCAGCUAUAGAAAUUUUAGAGAAUCUAUUGAUAGAACAUCCCCAAGCCGGAUCAUUUUUAUUUGAGCACAAAGAUGUGCAGUUACUACUGCCAAACGAGGUCAAUAAAACAACUCUAGAAGAUUUCAGCUUCGAUUUUUUACUGAACACGCAAGCAAAGACUGAAUGCUCAGUUAGGAGAAUAAAAACUCGCGUUGCAGCAGUAGCAAGUCGACUCGAUAGUAUAAAUAUGCAUGAAAGUGGUAUUCAUCGCUUUGGUGCAGUACAAGUCCGAGUACCCUGCCGUAAAGCCCAUUUCUCCCAUUUUCGCCAUACGCAUAAAAAAAUUGCAAGUGCGCUGAAAGUUGACCCUACAAAGCUAUCAUUUGACGACUAUGACUACUGUAUGGCAUCCAUAAGUAACGAAAUGUAUACACUGGUGGUUUCCCGUUGCCUUACACCGCAUGUUUGUUUUUCUCGUGUUCUUUGUAGAGAAAUGGAAUGUGUUGCGGUGUUGGGAAAAUAUAAUUUUUCAUAUUACGAUGGGGAUUUCGUCAUUGUUUUGGAUGAAGCAAAAUUUGUGAGAAGUGAACCGAACUGUGAAUCACCGCCAUCAGUGUUUGUUCAAGGAAACCAUUUCUACAUUCCCUGA